CUUUAUUUACAUUAGAGGUUCCUUAUUUAUAUUGAAGGUCCUAUAUUGAUUUACACUGAAGAUCCCGUAUUUACUUACAUUGGACAUCUCAUACUUAUUUCCAGGGAGGUCCCGUAUUUGCUAUAGGGUCCCAUAAAGACAUAUAUAUGGAGUAUGAGGUUAAAAUAAGGAGUGAGUGAGGUCGAAGUCAAGGUCAGAGUGAAGGGUUGAGACACCACCACCUGGAUCAACACCCACAUAAACAACCUUUGUAAAUAUUAUUAUUUUGGAGCCUAGGCCUAUCAGUUCCAUCACAAGGAUGCCUGGGGGAGCCCUGGAGACACGUCCGCUGUUGACAGCCCCCAACCCUGACCCUGACCUGGAACGAGCGAAGACCCAAGUUUCCCAAAGGUAUGAUGACCACAGACCAGAUGUGGAUAAUGUGGAUGAUGACUCGGGACUUACUGCAUCCGGCCACCAUAUUGAUGAUGCCCAUCAACAGACUACAAAUUGUGAAACAAUGAUACAUCUAAUAAAAGGAAAUAUUGGCACGGGAAUUCUAGCCAUGCCCGACGCUCUUAAGAACUCCGGCCUCUACACUGGUGUGGGUCUUGUACCAAUUUUAUCUGCCAUUUGCAUCCAUUGCAUGCACAUGCUGGUUCAGUGCGCCCAUGAAUUAAAAGAGAGACUGGGCAUCAGUGGUAUGGAUUAUGCUGAUGUUGGCUACCAUGCCUUCGCUACUGGACCAGCUCCCCUGCGUGUCAUGGCUCCUGUUGCACGUACGGUCCUCAACACAUUUCUUACCAUAACACAAUUAGGAUUCUGUUGUGUUUAUGUGGUCUUUAUUGCUGCUAAUGUUCAACAGGUUAUUGACUGCAAAUUCCCAGACAACGGCAUCGACAUUCAUGGUUACAUGGUCAUCCUGUUUGUACCUCUAUUGGCCAUAUCUAUGAUUCGUUCUCUUAAGGUGCUGGCACCAUUCUCUCUCAUUAGUAAUGUCUUCCUAGGCCUAGGCCUGGCCAUCACAUUUCGUUAUUUGCUCCAAGAUAUACCGUCUUCAUACGACCGUCCUGAAUUUAAGUCGUGGAAACAGCUGCCACUUUUCCUUGGAACUUCCAUUUAUGCCUUUGAGGGUAUAGGUGUGGUUCUUCCUUUAGAAAGAAAGAUGACAAAUCCAGAAGAUUUCCGUGGAUGUAAUGGCGUCCUUAAUACUGCCAUGAUUCUAGUCACUUGUAGUUAUAUUGCGGUGGGUUUCUUUGGUUACCUCAAAUAUGGUGAUGCUGUACAUGGAUCCAUCACUUUAAAUAUUCCCCCGAGCGAUAAUUUAGCACAGAUGGUGAAGAUAUUGAUGGCUCUUGCAAUCUACCUCACAUAUUCUCUUAUGCUAUAUGUUCCUGCUGAGAUUAUGUGGCCUCACCUGAGCUCAAGGUUUCACUCUACCAGGGCAAAACGUCUUGGGGAGUAUGCAUUCAGAGCAUUUCUGGUACUCAUAACAUUUAUCUUCGCAGCAGCCAUUCCAAACAUUGGAUUGUUUAUCUCACUAGUGGGCGCAGUGUCAUCAUCUGCCUUGGCCAUCAUUUUUCCACCCAUCUUAGAAAUAGUUACAUUUUGGCCAAGAGUAACAAGAUUCACCAUGAUCAAGUGUGCUUUAUUCUUCACAUUUGGAAUCGUGUGCUUUGUCACAGGAACUUACGCCAGCAUUGAAGCUAUAGUUGAAUACUUCAAGCAUUCUGCAGACCCUCUACCUGGGGUAAUUUGCUAAAAAUAAUUAUAUGUAUGUUGCAUCUGUCCACUUAAGUGUUCCAUACACAACUUUUAUUUUGAGGUUAAUUAUUUUUUAAGGUACUGAAAUGAAUAUAGACCAAAUAAUACACUUUUGUAGGUCUACUGUGAGAAUUUGAAUGACUAUUUCUUGAUUUUGAUAAGAACAAUCGAUGUGGAUUUUUGUCUUCAUCAGUUUUUAAAAACUUAAAAGUUCAAUACAGCAAGGAAUAAAAUGCAAAAUAUUUCAGAUUCAAAUACAAAAAGGAAAUAAUAUUUUUUUACGUAAUAGUUUCUAACAGUGUUUGUAGUUACAUCUGUAUAAUUUUUAAUCUGGAUCACAGAAAUUUAUCAAACUAGUCUCUUAAAUUUUAUUUAUUUGUUAGCAUACUGAUAGAUAAUUAGGACCCCAAUAAUUGUGGUGCCUUGGUGCAGAAUAAAUAAUAUUGGGAGAAUUGCCAACAAUAUGUUAGGUAAAAGGACACAAGUGUAAUUAAUGUGGCAUUUUAUUGUGGCAACGUUUUGCUCUCCAGAAGCGUCGUCAAGCUGUCAAAGCUCCUGGAGAGUAAAACGUUGCCAUGAUAAAAUGUCGUAUUAGGCGCACUUGUGUUUUUUUUUACCUGACAAUAACUUUAUUAUUUAAACUUCCAGCAUUUCCAAGUACCAUUAAUAUAUAGAGUCAAUAGCCUGGUUGAUCAGUUCAUUCACUGGGAGGCCUGGUCUGGGACCAGGUUAUGGAGUCAUUCACUGGGAGACCUGGUCUGGGACCAGGUUAUGCAGUCAUUCACUGGGAGGCCUGGUCUGGGACCAGGUCAUGGAGUCAUUCACUGGGAGGCCUGGUCUGGGACCAGGUCAUGGAGUCACUCACUGGGAGGCCUGGUCUAGGACCAGGUCAUGGAGUCACUCACUGGGAGGCCUGGUCUAGGACCAGGUCAUGGAGUCACUCACUGGGAGGCCUGGUCUGGGACCACGUCAUGGAGUCAUUGACCCCCAGAGCACUCCCUGGGUAGACGCCAAGUAAAUAACCUUGAGAAAAUCGUUUGUGAUUUGAAACGUUCCCGUCUUGCAAAUCAGUUCAUUUUAUACUGUUUAUAUUACAUAUACAACAUUUAUAUAUUAGUAUAUUGCUUUGUACAAUCAGAUAGUUGAUAAUUUUAUACAUUUUCAUAAAGAAUGGAUCCUACUUUUAGUGUAAAUUUUGUACAUAAGUCACUUUCAUUUGUAUAGGUAAACUCUAAAUUCAAUCAGUAAAGAAAUAUUUUCAUUUCAGUUUACACCGACCAUCCGACUUACGACCGAGUUCGGUUCCGAGAAACCGGUCGUAAGUCGAACUUUACUACUGAAUAUCAACAUAAAAUUUUUGUAAUGACUUUA